GCAAUGUGAUGCACAAAUUCACCCGUCCCGGUGUUUUCAUGGUUGGAGUGGAGUGCACUACCAGUGAUUGGCAUGUCACAGCUCAGAAGGCCAUUACCAUUCAGGAGCCCGUUGGAGAGUUCGGGGGCAUUAAGUGUUAUAGCAGGAAUGUGUCAACGGAAGGCACUGAAUGCAAUGUGCACAGUGGUACACCUGUUCAGAUCCAGGUGACGCUACGGGCAGGUACAAAUGUUUCCUACACAAUUCAGCAUAAAGGCUAUGUGGUUGCGAACUUGUCGGUGGAGAAUGGGAGCACCCCACACAACAUGACACUGAGUGGAAGUGCGGCGGAAAAGCUUGGACACGGCUGCCACAACCUGAUUCUAGCCGCCUCUAACAAUGUCACGGCCCAAGCGGUGUCCGCUGACCUGAAGCUGUGUUUGCUGGAGCCCAUUGACGGCCUGCAGGCCUCGGUGGUAGCGAAGGAAGAUGUGUGUCCAGACUCUGAUCUCAUCAUCGGUGUUUUCUCGCGGCACAAUCUCCGAGGCUAG